AUGACGAAUGGUAAUUCUGAUUCCACUCAAGCUCCUGCAUCUUCUACUGGUUCGCGUAUUGUGUUUCAUAAGGACGAUUAUACCCAUCCCUGUCACCCCUUAUAUGUUCACCGUUCUGAUGUACUUGGGACUUCUCUGGUCUCCACUCCUUUUGAUGGAGCAUGUUGUGGUAGCUGGAGACGCAUUGGGUUAGUUGCUUUGUCUAUUAGAAAUAAAACUAAUUUUAUAACCGGUGCUACUGGGAGACCUCCUGAUGGGUCACCCUUAGCUAGACAAUGGCAAAGAUGCAAUGAUCUUGUAAUAUCUUGGCAAGUAAACUCCUUGUCUAAAGAUAUUGCUCGAAGUGUAGAGUAUUCUGAAUUUGGUAAGGAUAUAUGGAAUGAAUUAGAAGAGAGAUAUGGUAAAGCUGAUGGUGCCAGGAUAAAACAAUUGUGGGAUGAAAUUGCCUCCAUCUCAGCUGGUAGGGCAAGAGUUUGUACUUGUGGGGCCAAAUCAGCUGAGGAUGAGGAACAAAGAGCUUAUCAAUUCCUUAUGGGUCUAAAUGAAACUUAUGUUCAAACCAGGAGUAACAUCUUAAUGUUGAAGCCCCUUCCUUCUGUUGGUACAGUCUACAGUAUUCUUUUGUCUGAUGAGAAGUAG